AUGCUGCCGAUGUUUUCCUUCACUCGAGCCCUCCGUGAGGCUGCACCGGGUUUGUCGAGGAGAUUCUUCGACUGCAGCAGUCGCCGACAGAGCUCUCUAUUCGGCCAGGUGCCUAAGAUCUCCAAGCCAAAGACGAAGACAAGAAGCGAGCCGAUUGUACGUGUUCGACGCCUCAGCACACUCCCAAAUAGAUCCAUACGACAAUCUCAAACGUCGACGGUGUUCUCUCCCUGUCGUACGAGUGGGCAUGCGAUCGUGAGGAUCAAUGCACCGAAUCAAUUCAUUCGGGCAUUUUCUGCCUCCGCGCGAGCAAGAGCUACGGCCUCGGCAGAGGCAGAUGUGCAGGCCCCUGCGAAGGAAACUGAAAGCGGAGAAGCGGGAGACAAGAGCAGGAACGAGACUCAGGGCAAGCGUUCGUUCUUCCCUGAUACAUCAUCAAAUAUAGUGGCCUUCUGGCUUCUCGGGAGCGCGGCGAGCGUCUUCGGGAUCGUGGUAUUUGGUGGCCUCACGAGGCUCACAGAGUCAGGACCAAGCAAGGAAACUGACUUGUACAUUCCCAUGAUGAUCAGGCUGAGCAUCACAGAAUGGAAACCCGUCACAGGUUCUCUUCCGCCCAUGUCUGACGCAGACUGGGAAUCAGAAUUCGCUAAAUACCGCUCGAGUCCGGAGUUCCACAUGCUGAACUCGCGCAUGACUCUCGAAGAGUUUAAAUCCAUCUACUGGAUGGAAUGGAUCCAUCGACUCUGGGGACGCUUCAUAGGACUCAGCUUCGUGCUCCCAGCCGCGUAUUUUAUCGCUAGAAAACGAGUCUCGCGCUCGAUGGCUGGCCGACUGCUAGGUAUCGCAGGCUUGAUCGGUUUUCAAGGCUUCAUUGGGUGGUGGAUGGUGAAAUCCGGAUUGAAAGACGAUUUGUUCGCGCCGGGCUCGCAUCCGCGCGUCUCUCAGUACCGACUCACUGCCCAUCUAGGCACAGCCUUUAUUUGCUACCUCGCCAUGCUCUGGAACGGACUCGACAUCCUGCGCACGAACAAGAUCUUGUCUUUGCCCGCUAGUACCGCAGCCUCGACGCUCAACGCCCUCCGCAACCCCGCCCUCCGUACCUUCAAACGCUCCGUCUCCCUGCUCGCCGGCCUCGUCUACAUUACCGCCAUGUCUGGUGGACUCGUUGCUGGACUAGACGCCGGACUCAUCUACAACGAGUUCCCCUUCAUGGGACUCGGUCUGACGCCGCCCAAAAGCGAGCUCUGGGAUCAAUUCUACAGCCGAAACCCCGACCAUAGCGACCUGUGGUGGCGGAACAUGCUCGAGAACCCGAGUCUUGUACAGCUCGACCACCGCAUCCUCGCCACCACAACAUUCACCGCAGUCAUGGCGCUCUGGGCAUUCUCGCGCACCGGGACAAUGCAAAAAGUCCUCCCGCCCGCCGCGAGACGUGGCGUCCACGGCGUCGUCGGUUUCGUCGGGCUACAAGUCAUCCUCGGCAUAUCUACACUCUUGUACCUGGUCCCCACGGGCCUCGCGAGCGCGCAUCAAGCAGGUAGUCUUGCCCUGCUGACCUGGACGAUUGUUCUGGGAAGUCGUGUCUGGUUCCCCAAGCAGGCUGCGAGGAUUUUAGCCCAAAGGGCUCAAGCUCAUGUCAGUAGCAUCGGCAGUGUUGGGCGGGGUCGGCAGGGUGCAGCAGGGACGUUGGAAGCGUCUUGGAAACACUCCGGUGCUGCCACCGAGACGAGAACCGUGCUCCCUGCUAGUAUGGCAUCCGCUGUUACUGCGCUUGGAUUGAUGAUGAUGGGGUUAACGAUGGACGCGCAAAAGUCGGUGCGAGACCACAAGCAACUGCACGAGUCUUCGCAAGAUAUCAACACGGAGUUCGGCAAGUCAAAAUAG